AAUGGGGCUCAAUGGCUUUGGGGGAAGUUGGUAAGUGGUUUGUUUGCAUACUCUUGUGACUGUGAUUGCAGUGAGGGUCACUUCGAAGUAACUUCUACCUACUCUGGUGUUGAUUGUUGAUAGUUGUACGACAUUCUACAGUUCCCUCUCACCUUCCCCCGCGCGGAGGGAAGGCCGAGAUAUCUCCACAGCAAGCGGUGGCGGCAUUAUUUCACGCUAGACCCCGCACCGGGGGGGUCUCCAUUCCAUGUAACGUGCCCCACGGGGACGAUGAACGUCAGUAGCACGCGGCUUACACAGACUUUUGCCGGCCGCCGUCAUGAAGCGACGCGUACAUGAACGAGCGGUCCACACAACUCUUGGGGCUUCCCCAGAUCAACGGUCCGCAUCGUCAGCCUCUCCACCGCCAUGGACACACACUCAAGCUGGAAUGUCGCGCACAAGCUCGAAAAGGGCAGCCUGCUCGGCGCCAUCAACUGCGUGGCAGCGCUGUCCAUCUUCUUCUUCGGCUACGACCAGGGCAUGAUGAGCGGCGUCAACAACGCCAAAGACUACGUCGAUCUGAUGGGCUUUGGGUAUGUCGUCCCGGAGACGCGCGAGACGGUCGUCACCGACAGCCUGCUGCAGGGCGGCAUUGUCUCGGUGUACUACCUUGGAACGCUGUUUGGUGCGCUGCUGGGCGGCUGGGUCGGCGACAAGCUGGGGCGUAUCAGGACAAUUGCUGUGGGUGCGGCAUGGGCUGUCUUGGGCGCUGCGCUGCAGUGCUCGGCGCAGAAUGCUUCGUGGAUGAUCUGUGCUCGCGCCGUCAACGGCAUUGGCACCGGCAUUUUGAAUGCGAUCGUGCCCGUCUGGGCCACCGAAACCGCAGAGCACACGUCGCGCGGGCAGUUCAUCGCCAUUGAAUUCACCCUGAACAUCUUCGGCGUCGUCGUCGCCUACUGGCUCGAAUUCGGCCUCUCCUACAUCGACAACGGCGAGUCCGCCUUCCGCUGGCGCUUCCCCAUCGCCUUCCAAAUAAUCCCGCUCUUCCUACUCUUCGCCGUCGUCUGGUUCUUCCCCGAAUCGCCACGCUGGCUCGUCCGCCAAGGUCGCGACGGCGAGGCGCGCUACAUCCUGAGCCGAUUACGGGGCAGCAACAGUGCAGAAGACGCGGCGCGGGCUGACGCCGAGUUCCGCGACAUCCAGGCCAUAGUCGAGAUGGAGCAGACGACGCAGAAGCGCAACUCGUACUUCCACAUGUUCUUCGGCAUCGGCUCCGGGAAGCUGCACACGGGGCGGCGGGUCCAGCUGGUCAUCUGGCUGCAGAUCAUGCAGGAGUGGGUGGGCAUUGCGGGCGUGACGGUCUUUGCGCCCACCAUCUUCUCCAUUGCGGGGUUUGACAGCGCAAAGAGCCAGUGGAUCUCCGGCCUCAACAACAUCUUCUACAUGUUCUCGACCCUCGUCUGCGUCUUCACGCUCGACCGCAUCGGCCGCCGCUGGACGCUGUACUGGGGCGCCGUAGGGCAGGGCAUCGCCAUGUUCCUGGCGGGAGGAAUGUCGCGGGCGGCGCUGAACGCGCGAGAGGCGGGCGACGCCAGCGCCGCAAGCAGUUACGGCGCCGCGGCCGCGUCGUUCGUCUUCAUCUUUACGUCCAUCUUCGGCGCCACCUGGCUCACCGUGCCAUGGCUGAUUCCGGCAGAGAUCUUCCCGCUCGAGGUCCGCGCCAAAGGAAACGCAUGGGGCGUCGUGGGUUGGAGCAUCGGGAACGGCUGGCUGACGCUGCUGUGCCCCAUUAUGUUCGGGUCCAUCAGCGAGAAGACUCUGUACAUCUUCGGGGCGUGCAACGUUGCCGUAAUCCCCAUGGUGUGGGCUCUGUACCCCGAGAGCAACCAGCGCACGCUCGAGGAGAUGGAUCUGCUGUUUGCGGCAGAUACGCCCUGGGUGUGGGAUGCGGAGCGGAAUUUUGCGCGGCUUAAGGCUGAGCAGUAUAACACGAAGAAGACGACGGGUAAGGUUACUGCUGCGUUGGAGGUGGAUACCCUGGAGAAGGUUUAGAUUAGCUUUACGAGUAAUGAUGUGAUGAUUAUCAUGGUGACGUUCUGCUUUGCAAUUUGGCCAGUGAAGCGUUGCUUGCAGAGAUGUGAAUGUUUGGCUUGAUACCCAUUCUUAUAGAACUGUUGGUUAUUUGGAUGGUAAAGAGAGAGCCUUAUACGCUCCGAUUGAUGUGAAGAGGACUGUUGAAAUCCGCCAAUCUAUCGGUUUGCCGAGCGUUGCAGAUUUGUAUUUUUAAACAAUAAAUUAUUUUUUGGAGAGGAGAGCAGGAAGCCCGUCUCGAACGUUGGAGGUGCGGCGUAUGAACUCUUGAGCAACAUUAACCUACCCGAUGAAGCUAACAUCACCCAUCGGGAAUAGAUACGAAGGCAGACAUUGAUCUUCGCAGAUAGCAUUUCCCAUGCUGUAAUACCCCAACAUUCCCGCAAUAAAUGCGAAUGCUCCGGCAGCUUUUUU